CAAAAGGUACUGAAGAUAAUUAUGCAACUAUUCCAGAUGAAGCUCUCACUAAUGAAGAGCAAUAUGCUGAAGCUAGUGGGCCCAGUUAUUUAGAAUUGAAACCAGCAGACAUGAAGAUUUCUUACGUUAAUGUUUCAAGGAAACCUGAUGAUGCUGUGGAAGAACAAUGUGCUGAGGUUAGCGAGCCGAAAUAUUUAGAAAUGGGACAACGAAACACGGAUGGUACUUACGUUAAAGUUUCAAAGAAACCUGCUGCUGUGGAAGAACAAUGUGCUGAGGUUAGCGAGCCGAAAUAUUUAGAAAUGGGACAACGAAGCACGGAUGGUACUUACGUUAACGCUUCAAAUAAACCUGCUGGUUACCAGUGAAGGUCUAUGUUCUUCAGAUGAACAAAAGGAACCUAGAAGCUUCCAGAACUGAAUGAAACCUUGUGAGCAACCAAUCAGUCUCUUUGUCAUCAUUUCAUGGACACUUUUGCAAGCACUGAAGAUUUGAACUAAAUAUCUGAUACUACCAUAAAAUUAUUGAUUUCUGUUAUAUGCUAUAACUGCUUUGUUUUUGUAUAUAAUUCAUUGACAAUUUCUUGAUUUAUCUUCAGUCUUUAUAAAUGUCUAUCUAUAACUAAACAUUUGCAUCAAUGAAGUAAACCCAAUUAAAUUUCAGUAUUUCUUUCCUCUUAUAUGAGUCAUCAUCAUUUAAACACUGUAUGGAUAUUUAACAACAUAGUUAUGAAUAUCAUUGAUUUUUGGAACAUAUUUUAGAAUAAUCUCUUGAAAAAAAAUUAAGAAUUUGAAUUUAUGCCAAUUUUCUACAAAUGACCAGCAAUUAUGAUUGGGUUUUUUCCACAUUAAAUAUAUUCUUGAAACCAUUUACAACUUCAUGAUUAAAAUGUGAUGCUCACUUUACAAAAGUUCAUUAUAUACUUUCUGUUAUUUUACUGCAUUGGAAUCAAUGUAUUCAGAUUUCAUUCUGUCACAUUUAUACAUACAUAAAUUCAGAAUUAUAAUCCUUGAUAUUAUCAAGUUUUAAAUUCAAUCUUUUCAGCCCUUUUAAAUCCAAGGUCAUUUUUUUUAAAUACUAAAAUUAUGUGUACCAGAAUUCAUUUUUCUUUUUGGUGAUUGUGAAGCUAUAUGUUUUUUAUACCCACAUUUAACCAUUCUUUCUAUAAAGAAAUACUUCACCUUAUAUGCUAUACCAUUGUAAUAUAUUUACUAAAAGGAAAAAGAUCACUGUACAUAUAUGGAAUUCUUCCAACAAUAAUGCAUGUUAGAGAUGUUCCAAUGUUAAGUCUGUCAUUGCUUGUGAACAGUUAUCACAUUGUUCCUGCAAAAGUGCUUGAUUAUUCUUGUCUUAAAUAAAUACCUUGAAAUAUUUAAUUUCUUACCAAUUCUAUUUUUCUAUUCAAAUAAAUAUGGAUUAUUGUGCAUUUUAAUUAGUAAUUUUAUCACUAUUUCAGCAAGUCCUAUCAAGGCUAGUCUUUGCUAAUAAGGUCAUAAUAAAGCCAAAAUAUAUUCAGAGUUGAUAAAAAUAUCAAAAUAUUAUCAUUAAUUAAUAUCAUGAUGUUUUUAGCUGCUUAUUUAUUUCUAGUUUAUUUUCUAACUCUCCAUGCUUUAAAUAUGUUAUAAGUAGCUUUUCUUUGUUUUCUUACCUAAAAACUAUCUCACAGACAUCAAGCUAAGUUACGAGAAGUUAACAGAAGUCAAAUGCACUUAUGAACAAGACAGGAGGAAAUGAAGAAGUAACAAUUGAGAAAAUGAAAACAAAAAGAUGAAAAAAUGAGAGUGUGUGAAAAGGUGAGUUUUUAAUAGAUUACAUAAACAUCAAAACACUUAAAAAAAAAGAUAGACCAGCAGAAAAACUAUGUAUCUUACAACAAAAUACAAAUUUAGAAUUUUAAAUCUAUAUCCUAGUUUAAGUCUGUUUUUUGUGUGUAUGCACUCGCACAGAAGAAGAACUGACUAAAUUACCAAAUUAUUAGUCAAUUUGCUUCCAAUUAGCUUCAUAUCCUAAGACAGACAAAGAUUUGUUCCUUUUUUAAUAAUAUUAUAUAAAAAUGUAAAUACUGGCUUUUCAAGAACAGUUAAUUUCCUUUUGUUAUAAUUUAGUCAAUUCCCUUUUCUCUCUCUCUCUCUCUCUCUCUCUCUCUCUCUCUCUCUCUCUCUCUCUCUGUGCAUGUGUGUAUGUGUAUGCUAAAACAGGCUUAAACUAAGGUAUAAAUUGAAAAUGCUAAAUUUGUAUUUUUUUGUAAGAUACAUAAUUUUCCUUCUGGUUUAUCUCUUCAGGCGUUUUAAGGUUUAUGUAAUCUAUUUAAAACUCUUACCCUUUCACACUGUCUCAUUUUCUUAUCUUUUCAUUUUCAUUUUCUCAUGUCUUGUUCAUAAAUGCUUUUGACUUCUAUUAAUUUCUCUUAAUUUAGCUUAGUGUCCCCUGUUUUUAUUUUGAUACAAUACUUCAUUCUCCUCUUUCACCUUCCCAACUUCUCCUACUAAUGGCAUUACCCAGUUGUCUUUCUAUACUAGAACAUAAUUUCUCAGUAUGAGUUUUCAGUUCAUAUUAUAAUCUAUUUUGUAUUGAUUUCUCUGCUAGAAAAUGACAUUUUUUUCUUCAAUUUUAUGUACAUUUUUUCAUGCAUUGUUAUGAGCCUUACUCAUUGAUAUAACACAAUGUCUGCAGUAAGAUUUGAAUUCAUGACAAAGUAUUCACUACUUCAGUACUUUUACUUUUAUAUCUACUUUUCUUAACCUUAAUUUUGCUAAACGCUUUUAUUAUCGCUAUAAUUUUAACUCAGUAAAUAAAGAUGAAUUAUGCUU